GCAGUGCUAGAAUUGUUCAGAGAGCAUUCAUGAGAAAUCGAUUACCAGAAGAAGUUAAAACGAAUAAACCAACAGUACACUUACAGGCAAAAGAUGCCAGUGAUCAAUAUUGAGGACCUAACAGAGAAGGACAAACUGAAGAUGGAAGUUGACCAGCUCAAGAAGGAAGUGACACUGGAAAGAAUGCUGGUUUCCAAAUGUUGUGAAGAAGUAAGGGAUUAUGUUGAAGAAAGAUCUGGGGAGGACCCACUAGUAAAGGGUAUCCCAGAGGACCAAAAUCCCUUUAAGGAGCUCAAAGGAGGCUGUGUGAUUUCAUAAGAAAAAAAAAAUUCAUGGAAUAUCUUGAGCUUUAAUGGCAAUAUCAAUUUUUGGUAAUAAUAUAUAAUAAUGCUAUCAAGCAUGUAUAUUAAUUUUUAAAUUUAUAAACUUUUAAUAAAAAUUGGGAUGUGAUAAUG